AUGUCUAGAUACUGGCUAAUGAAAGCUGAGCCUGACAGCCGUAUCGUCAAGGGAAAGGAUGUAAAGUUCUCUGUGGACGAUUUCGAAGCCUGUGUUACUACUGCCUGGGAAGGUGUUAGGAAUCAUGAAGCAAAGAACAUCAUGCGCGAUCAGAUGAAAGUGGGAGAUAACGUAUUGUUUUAUCACUCGAAUUGCAAGACUCCAGGUAUCGCUGCUUUUGCCGAGGCAAGUUUUACCUAUCUUGUAUCCAAAGAGGCAUUUCCGGAUUAUACCGCUAACGAUCCGACACAUCCAUACUAUGACGCCAAGUCGAGUUCUCGAGAUUCCAAGUCUGAGCCGACCUGGUGGAUGGUCGAACUCAAGUUCAAAUCACGUCUGAAGCAUUUUGUCUCCCUGGCCACAUUGCGCUCCAUCACUUCAGCAACCUCUGUGGAAGAUUUGGCUCAACUCAGUUCCAACUCUGAGGACAGACAAAAUCAACUUUCGUAUCUUACCAAGGAUGAUCUCAAAGCUUUGGGAGCAAUGCCGCUGUUGAAUCGUGGUCGUCUUAGUGUUCAGCCGGUAAACGAAGGAGCGGGUGGCUGGGACGAGCAAAUCAAACCCAAAUCAGGAAAAGGAGUGCCUCGCUCGGGGAAACCGUCUAAGCCCAGAAAGCCAACUAAGCGGAAGGUAUCUGAAUCGGACGAGGAAUCUGGAAGCCAGGUCUCUGAAAAAAGGAACGCAAAAGUCAGUUCACCUACCGAAGUGCCUCGAAGGUCCAACAGGCGAAAAACUUAG